AUGGCCAUUCCAAAGCACAUCAAAUCUCUCCCGGUCGGCACACCCGUCAAUCUACAACUCCUCAGCAGCUCAGCCGGAGAGUUUCGCAAGGCCCAUCCGUCUGCAUCAGGCCGACCGUACGACAAGGUUGUGGUUGGAGCGGCUGCUCUUCAGCAUGCCUCUGGCUCUCCUUCCCAGACGCCGCGCAUCCUUCUCUUGAAAAGGGCGCCCCGCGAGCCGUAUUACCCAAACGUCUUUGAGUUACCCAGCGGGAAGGUCGACCCGGAUGAUCCAACCCUCAAACAUGCUCUUUUCCGCGAGGUGAAGGAAGAGACCGGCCUCGACGUGGCUGAGAUUCUUGCUGAGCUAGAGCCGAUGAUAUAUUCAACCGAAAAAUCAACCACCGGGGCAGCUGGCGAAGAAGUGCUUGUUUCUAAAAGCGCUAUUCAGCUCAACUACGUCGUUUCAGUCUCUCCUGGUACAAUCAAGCUUAGUGCAGAUGAGCAUUCAGAGAGUUGUUGGGCUAGCGAAGCAGACUUGGCUGGGUUGGAUAUUACAGAUGCGAUGAGAACUGUGAUCCGGGAAGCAUUUCAGUGGGCUUCAAGCCAGUAA